AGCGAUAUGGUCGACGAAUUGAACGACCUGAAGGCCGCAAUAGACAUGAAAGGAGAACGAUUCUCGGCCAGAAACAGCGAGCAUAAUGGCUGGUGACUGUUGGCUUGGCAUAUGCGAGGAUACUUUAAUUACGACACAUCUUGGGAGUAUCAUCAAAACUUUGGCCCUGCGCUGCCCCUAUUACUUGUUGUCAUCAAUUGGGGGGGACGAGGCGACUAAUGACGAUAUGAAGAAGCUAGAGCAAGCACUGAAGGACAAGUACCCAUCCAACCCCAUUGAUGCGAAGUUAGACGAAGUCGAAGACCUCACAAGAAUAGAGCAAGAGAAGGAUGGGCCAUUGAGUCAAUACUUUUCACGUGUUUCACAGGCACUGAGAAGAGCGGGAGGAAAAGACGAAUCCAACAGCACCAAGCCUUUGACACCCAAUGUCGUCAGGGGUCCUUCUCUGCCUUUUCAAUACUCGCCUGUAGUUCCGGGUCCCAGAGACGAGGAAUAUCGCUGUAGUCUACUCUACUGUAGCUCUACUCCAGUUCGGUUGGAGGACCUCCGGGUUAUGAACAGGCCCUUUUUUCUCUAACUUACCUAAGUUUAAACCCGAUCCGGAUCCGGGAAGGACAAUGCCUCGGAGACGAUACCCGCUGGCUACAUCGGUCCACGAGAUGACGAAAAUACUAGGUCGUAAUAAGCACACACGUCUGCGCAUGGUCAGUUCAAAGAAUGGGCUAUGGGUGUGGUUCGGAACUGUCGAGCUUUACACAUGAAUGACCCGAACCUUCACAUGCAUACCCUGUGCCGUUAAAAGACUUGAGACU